AUGCCUAGCGAUCUCGCCACAAAGCUCGGCCACGGCGCGGCCAAGGUCUUGCGCCUGAAACUGCCCGAGAAGCAACAACACGAUGCCGUCACCCGCGGCGAGUCGACCUUCUCAGUCGGCACCUUUGACACCUACUCCUAUGUCGAGCCCGAGCCCACCGCGGCCGAAUGGUUCGCCGAAAUCACGCCCUCGUGGAGAGACGUCGGCAUGUACUUUUACAGACUUUUCCCCUUCCUAUCCUGGAUCACCCGUUAUAACCGGACGUGGCUUAUUGGAGAUCUGGUCGCCGGUAUCACCGUCGGAGCCGUCGUCGUCCCUCAGGGAAUGGCCUACGCCCAGCUUGCGCAGCUGGAUGUAGAAUACGGGCUGUACUCGUCCUUCAUGGGCGUCCUGAUCUACUGGUUUUUUGCAACGUCAAAAGACAUUACCAUUGGUCCCGUCGCUGUCAUGUCCACUCUGGUUGGAAACAUCGUCACGGGCGCCCAAGAAACUCAUCCUGAACUUGAAGGUCACGUUAUUGCAUCCUGUUUAGCGAUCAUUUGCGGCGGAAUUGUGUGCUUCAUGGGCCUGGCUCGUCUCGGAUUCAUCGUCGAUUUUAUCCCUCUCCCAGCCAUCACAGCGUUCAUGACGGGCUCCGCCAUCAACAUCUGUUCCGGACAGGUUUCCACGAUGCUUGGCGAGUCGGGCGUCAACACCCGAGGCGCCACCUAUAGGACCAUCAUCGAUACUCUCAAGCAACUCCCAACGUCCACCCUUGAUGCCGCGAUGGGUGUUACCGCGUGUGCCAUGUUGUACAUCAUCCGCUCUGGCUGCAACUUCGCUGCCAAAAAGCAGCCGCACCGUGCCAAGGUGUGGUUCUUCGUCUCCACCCUGCGCACUGUGUUUGUGAUCCUCUUCUACACCAUGAUCAGCGCCGCGACCAACCUUCAUCGGAAAGACAACCCCGCAUUCAAGGUUCUUGGACACGUUCCUCGAGGUUUCCAGCACGCCGCCGUUCCCACCGUCAAUGCGGAAAUCAUCACGACGUUUGCUAGCGAACUGCCCGCCGCCGUCAUCGUCCUUCUCAUCGAGCACAUUGCCAUUUCCAAGUCGUUCGGCCGCGUCAACAACUACACCAUCGACCCGUCCCAGGAACUGGUUGCCAUCGGUGUCAGCAACCUGCUUGGCCCGUUCCUCGGCGGCUAUCCCGCCACCGGUUCCUUCUCCCGAACUGCUAUCAAGUCCAAGGCAGGUGUUCGAACCCCGCUGGCCGGUGUCAUCACUGCUGUUGUCGUCCUCCUUGCCAUCUACGCUCUGCCCGCGCUUUUCUGGUACAUCCCCAAGGCUUCUUUGGCGGGUGUCAUCAUCCACGCAGUCGGCGACCUGAUUACCCCGCCGGAUGUUGUCUACCAGUUCUACCGCGUUUCGCCGUUUGACUGUGUGAUCUUCUUCAUCGGUGUAAUUGUCACCGUAUUCACCACGAUUGAAAUCGGCGUCUACUGCACGGUCUGUAUUUCCGUUGCAGUGCUCCUGUUCCGCGUGGCCAAGGCCCGCGGUGAGUUCCUGGGUCGCGUCACCAUCCACUCUGUCGUUGGCGACCACGUUAUGGAAGAGACCAAGCCGGUCGGCGAUGUCGACCGCACCCGCUCCAUCUUCCUCCCUAUCAACCACACCGACGGCUCCAACCCCGAAGUCGAGAUCGAGCAGCCCUUUCCCGGCAUCUUUAUCUACCGGUUCUCCGAAGGCUUCAACUACCCGAACGCCAACCACUACACCGACUACCUCGUCGACACCAUCUUCAAGCAAACCCGCCGAACCAACCCCUUUACAUACAGCAACCCUGGCGACCGCCCGUGGAACAACCCCGGCCCUCGCAAGGGCAAGCAGGAGGAAGACCGCUCCCACCUGCCGACUCUCCGCGCAGUCAUCCUCGACUUCUCAUCCGUCAACAACGUCGACGUCACCUCAGUGCAGAACCUGAUCGACGUCCGCAACCAACUCGACAUCUACGCCUCCCCCCGCACCGUCCAGUGGCACUUCGCCCACGUCAAGAACCGCUGGACCAAGCGCGCUCUCGCCGCCGCCGGCUUCGGCUACCCCACCCCGGCCUCAGACGACGGCUUCCACCGCUGGAAGCCCAUCUUCAGCGUGACCGAGAUUGAAGGACAAGCCUCCGCCGCCGCGCACGCCGAGCUCGUCGCCAACGAGAACACCCGCCACGCCGGUGCCGGCGAUCUCGAAAGCGGCCUUAAGCGCCCAUCGCACACCGCCGAGCGGGAGACGCACGGUAUUGAAGAAUCGUCAAACUCGAGCAUCGGCGACGACGACAAGCUGCAGCGUGAUCUGAAGGAUAGCAAGGCGUACCGCAACCGGCGCAAGAUGGCCAUGGUGCAGGGCGUCAACCUGCCGUUCUUCCACAUCGACAUCACGAGCGCGUUGGAGAGUGCCCUGGCCAACUCGCCGGGUGAGGACCCUGUCGAGGUGUCGAGUGAGUGA